CGACAGUGCCGGCGCGCAGCUCUCCAUCCAGCAUGCAGGUGAUAACGUGCGCACUGUUUACGCUCGUCAGCCUGCCUACCAGCAGCUCCGCGUCGGAGGCUGCUGACUCCUGCCCGGCUGUCUGCGAGUGCUCAGAGUGGAAGACUCAGAGCACCAUCUCCUGCUUUGACAUUGAUAUUCUCCCCAGGUUUCCAGCGAGCACGGAGGCGCUAUGGCUCUUUGAGACGCGCCUGUCAUCCGUGCCAGCAGAUGCCUUUUCCAGCAUGGUCAACAUCUCAAGGAUAUAUAUUUCGGUGGACGUGACGCUGCAGAGGCUGGAGAGGCACUCGUUCUACGGCCUGAGGAAAAUCACCCACAUAGAGAUACGUAAUGCAAAAAGUCUGACCUACAUCGACCCAGAAGCCUUUAAAAACCUCCCAAACCUCAAAUACCUGGGGAUUUUCAACACUGGACUUACUUUCUUCCCCGACUUGAGCAACAUCCACUCCAACGACAUGAACUUCAUACUGGAAAUUGUUGAUCAUCCCUACAUCACCGAGAUCCCGGCCAACACGUUCCGUGGCAUUACCAGCGAAGUGCUGACAGUGAUGCUGUACGGAAAUGGCUUCAGAGAAAUCCAACAUCACGCCUUCAAUGGGACCAAGCUCGAUCAAGUCGACCUUCACAGGAAUAAGUAUCUUACCACGAUGGAUGAAAGGGCUUUCGCAGGCGCCGUCAGCGGCCCCACGCUGCUGGACGUGUCCCUAACAGGGAUCACCUCCCUCCCAUCCACAGGUAUGGAUACUCUUCGGGAGCUGAAGGCGCGAAACGCCUGGUCCCUCAAGAAGCUGCCGCCCAUCAAGACCUUCAAGCACCUCACCACCGCCAACCUCACCUACCCCAGCCACUGCUGCGGCUUCAAAAACCUCAAAAAGAAACGAGGCUUUUGGGAGUACAUCAUCUGUAAUCUGACUGCUUUCUACGACCAGCAUCAGAAACGCUCCGUGGGGCCCCUCCGCAUGCCGUCCCUCCAGGGAGACAGCGUGGCGGAGACGGUCCCAGAUCAGGAGCCGAACGAUGGCGGCCAUAGACAGUCCCAGCAAGGCUGGAGGAAAGGUGACUUCCAUGGCAGCCUCCACUACCACGCCUACUUUGGGGGCCAGCCAGAUGAGGAUGUGGGUUUUGGAGAGACCCUCAAGAACCCCCAGGAGGACACCAGCCAAGACUUUGACAGUCGUUACGAUUAUGUGGUGUGUGAGGAGGGAGAGGAGGUGGCGUGUGCACCAGUGCCUGAUGAGUUCAAUCCCUGUGAGGACAUAAUGGGUUUUGGCUUCCUGCGAGUGUCUGUGUGGUUUGUCAGUCUGCUGGCAGUUCUGGGAAAUGUGGUGGUGCUCCUGGUGCUGCUCACCAGCCACUACAAGCUCUCGGUCUCCCGCUUCCUCAUGUGUCAUCUGGCCUUCGCAGACCUGUGCAUGGGGAUUUAUCUGCUGCUCAUCGCCUCUGUAGACCUCCACACUCGAGCCGAGUACUUCAACCACGCCAUAGACUGGCAGACGGGCCCGGGCUGUGGACUUGCAGGGUUCUUCACGGUCUUCGCGAGUGAGCUGUCGGUCUACACCUUGACCGUGAUCACCCUGGAGAGGUGGUACGCCAUCACCUUUGCGAUGCGGCUAGAUCGUAAGCUGCAUCUGCACCACGCGGCAGUCGUGAUGCUGGGCGGCUGGAUCUUUUGCCUCGUCCUGGCUCUGCUUCCGCUCUUUGGGGUGAGCAGUUACCAGAAGGUCAGCAUCUGUCUCCCAAUGGACACCCAGUCCACAGUGGCUCAGGUCUACAUCCUGUCUGUUCUAGUCCUCAACAUCUUGGCCUUUCUUGUUAUCUGCGCUUGCUACUUCAAGAUCUACUGCGCAGUGCACAACCCUCACUACCGUUCUGGAUCCAAGGAUACCAACAUCGCCAAGCGCAUGGCUGUCCUCAUCUUUACCGACUUCCUGUGUAUGGCGCCCAUCUCUUUCUACGCCAUGUCAGCCGUUCUGGACCGGCCGCUCAUCACCGUCUCGAACGCCAAGAUUUUAUUGGUGCUCUUUUACCCGCUCAAUUCCUGCGCCAACCCGUUCCUCUACGCCAUCUUCACCAAGGCCUUCAUGGGGGACAUAUUCAUCCUCCUCAGCAAGGUGGGCCUUUGUCAGCAGCGAGCACAACUGUUCAGAGGCCAGACGGUCUCGUCGAAGGGCAGCAGCGGGACAUCUCAGGUCCGUAGAGACAAGGAGAAGAUCAGGAAAGGUGGAAGCGGAGGCCAGGAAGAGGUGCCCAUCCACCUGACGAAGUGCUCGGGACAUACCUACCACCAAGCUGCCUGCCAGCAGACAAACCCUGAAGAGAGCCAGAGCCUGAACACGUGAGCCAAACACCAGCAGAGGUAGCAGAGCGAGACCAGGUUCAGGUGGGAGAGGAGAGGCCUUGAAGUGUUUGUGGACAGAUCUGUUUGGAUAUUUAACAGAAAGCUCCAGUAUUCUGUAUCUGCUUCAGUUUUCAGGGCCAAGUUCAGCUGUUUUCACAAUUUGGGCUGUGAUGAUUUUAUGGUUCCAGUUGUUGGAGAAUAUCAAGUGUCACUGAAACAUGAGCCAGACUUCAUCUCACUUAUAGUCCUUUGUUUUUUGGGAGGAACUCGCUAGAAUAGAGCAGAGAUCAUCGA